AUGUACCAUGAUCUGCUGUACGAACUAGGUUUUAACGAGGCUGCGGGUAACUUUGAAGUCAACAACAACGGAAAGGGCGGCAAAGCUAACGAUUUUGUCAUUCUGAAUGCCCAAGAUGGUGCGGGCACUAACAACGCGGAUUUCUCGACCCCACCCGACGGGCAGAUGGGGCGAAUGCGAAUGUACAUUUGGACAUACAGCACCCCCAACAGAGAUUGUGCUUUCGAGGCUGGCGUUAUUAUACAUGAAUAUACCCACGGAGUGUCCAACCGGUUGACUGGAGGACCGGCCAACAGUAACUGUUUGAAUUCCCUUGAAUCUGGAGGCAUGGGUGAGGGAUGGGGCGAUUUUAUGGCAACUCUUAUAAGACUCAAAUCUGCGGAUACAAGGUCUAAAGAUUAUCCUAUGGGCGCUUGGGUUUAUAACAAUGCAAAGGGGAUACGCGCCUAUCCCUAUUCCACAUCGUUGACAACCAACCCAUAUGCCUACACCAGCGUUAACGGCAUGACAGAAGUGCAUAGUAUUGGAACUGUCUGGGCCACUAUGCUUUAUGAAGUCAUGUGGAACUUGAUCGACAAGUACGGCAAGACUACUGCAAGUAAGCCUACAUUCUCAAACGGUGUGCCGACAGACGGGAGAUAUCUAGCCAUGAAGCUAGUUAUUGAUGGCAUGGCCCUGUGA